UCAAAAUUGACGAUUUAAACGUGAGAUUUAAACUUACUAGACGUAUUCGUUUCAUCAGUGUAAAUAAGAUAUAAUAAGUAUUAGCGUGUGUGUUCGUGGAAUAAUGCAAAAUAUUCGAAAUAUUUCGCAUAGCCACUUCCUUCCUCGUUUCGCAGCCAAGUUAAAAACCGCACAUUGCCGCGUACAUCCUGCGGCCGCUAUAAAUGAACGAGAAAGACACAUCAUUACUUCAUACGCUCGUAUCUUUUCUAACGAUACGUCGUGUGAACUACGAGCUAUUUUGAUUUACCGUGCUUUGUGUGUUAAAAGUUAAUUAUGAAAUCUCUCGCGAUAAUUUGUAUUUUAAUGGUCACUUGGAUUUACACUAUCGAGGCCAUGUGGUAUGAAGAUCUACGUGCUCACGAGGGAGAGGUGACAGGAUGCGCAGGAAGACGUAUGCAAUUGAAUUACCAGAUGAAAGAAGUGAUAUGUGUACCGAGACGUACCUUGGUAAAAUUAAUACCGCAACCAGGCUACAUCUUCUAUCCGAAUUACGCUCCCGUGAACAGAUGCAGUGGAUUUUGCCCCAAAAAUAAAUUAUGCAUGCCUGUUAAAAAAGACAUCAAAAAGAUCAUCGUAAGAAUGGACGGUUAUAACUCGAGUGAAUGUUAUCAUGUAUUAAUCGAGGAGCAUGUCAAGUGCAAGUGUCAAUGCAGCGUAAAACAGAAUCAUUGCAACGUGCAUCAGAUAUAUUCGGAAAAUAAUUGCGCGUGUGAAUGUAAAAACAGAAGAACGUGCAACGAAGAACGCCAGAUGAUUUGGAACGAAAAGUUGUGCAAAUGCAUGUGCAACAAACCUGAAGAAAUCUGCUCGAGCGGACUUGAAUGGGUUCCUUCCCUUUGCGGAUGCGCCAAGAUUAUGGAAAUAGCACCGUAUCAAUCGUAUAUCAAUAUCAGGAAAUGAGAAAACAAUAAUCCACAGAAAUUUAACCCUAUCUCAAUAUUUUUAAAUAUUACAAAUAUUCAAUGGUGACUUAAAACAAGCAAUAAUUGUAUAUAAAAGACUUUUUAUAUAAGACAUUUUACUUCAAUUUAUUU